CAAUUGCUAUGAACCAUGGCGCAACUGUACUAUAAAAAAGUAAACUACUCACCCUACAGAGACCGCAUCCCCUUGCAAAUUGUGCGGGCAGAGACAGAACUCUCUGCAGAGGAAAAGGCCUUUCUCAAUGCAGUGGAAAAAGGAGAUUAUGCCACUGUGAAACAGGCCCUCCAGGAGGCCGAAAUUUACUACAAUGUGAACAUCAACUGCAUGGAUCCUUUGGGCCGGAGUGCUUUGCUCAUUGCGAUUGAAAAUGAAAACUUGGAGAUCAUGGAACUACUGCUGAACCACAGUGUAUAUGUAGGGGAUGCCUUGCUCUACGCUAUACGAAAAGAGGUCGUGGGUGCUGUGGAGCUUCUGCUCAGCUACAGGCGGCCAAGUGGAGAGAGGCAGGUCCCCACUUUAAUGAUGGACACCCAGUUCUCUGAAUUCACGCCAGACAUCACACCCAUCAUGCUGGCGGCACACACCAACAACUAUGAAAUCAUCAAAUUGCUUGUUCAAAAGCGAGUCAGUAUCCCCAGGCCCCACCAGAUCCGCUGUAACUGUGUGGAGUGUGUGUCCAGCUCAGAAGUAGACAGCUUGCGUCAUUCCCGCUCCAGAUUGAACAUUUAUAAGGCGCUGGCCAGCCCUUCACUCAUUGCCUUGUCCAGCGAGGAUCCCAUCCUAACUGCUUUCCGCCUCGGCUGGGAGCUGAAGGAGCUAAGCAAAGUGGAAAAUGAGUUCAAGACUGAGUAUGAGGAGCUCUCCCAACAGUGCAAAUUAUUUGCCAAAGACCUGCUCGACCAAGCACGGAGCUCCCGGGAGCUAGAGAUCAUCCUCAACCAUAGAGACGACCACAGUGAAGAACUGGACCCCCAAAAAUACCAUGACCUGGCGAAACUGAAGGUAGCAAUCAAAUACCACCAGAAAGAGUUCGUUGCUCAGCCUAAUUGCCAACAGUUACUUGCCACUCUGUGGUAUGAUGGCUUCCCUGGAUGGCGACGGAAACACUGGGUAGUCAAGCUUCUGACUUGCAUGACCAUUGGGUUCCUGUUUCCCAUGCUGUCUAUAGCAUAUCUGAUAUCACCCAGGAGUAAUCUUGGGCUGUUCAUCAAGAAACCCUUUAUCAAGUUCAUCUGCCACACAGCAUCAUAUCUGACCUUCCUCUUCAUGCUUCUCCUGGCUUCUCAACACAUCGUCAGGACAGACCUCCAUGUCCAGGGGCCUCCUCCAACUGUUGUGGAAUGGAUGAUAUUGCCCUGGGUCCUUGGUUUCAUUUGGGGGGAGAUUAAGGAAAUGUGGGAUGGAGGAUUUACUGAAUAUAUCCAUGAUUGGUGGAACCUGAUGGAUUUUGCAAUGAACUCACUCUACCUGGCAACUAUUUCAUUGAAGAUUGUGGCCUAUGUCAAGUAUAACGGUUCGCGUCCCAGGGAAGAAUGGGAAAUGUGGCACCCCACCCUGAUCGCAGAAGCGCUCUUUGCCAUCUCCAACAUCUUAAGUUCCCUGCGUCUUAUAUCCCUGUUCACAGCCAACUCCCACUUAGGGCCUCUGCAGAUUUCUUUGGGGCGAAUGCUGCUCGAUAUCCUCAAGUUUCUCUUUAUCUACUGUCUGGUUUUGCUGGCUUUUGCCAAUGGAUUGAACCAGCUUUAUUUUUAUUAUGAGACCAAAGCAAUCGAUGAACCUAACCACUGCAAAGGGAUCCGGUGUGAGAAACAGAACAAUGCCUUCUCCACGCUCUUUGAAACCCUUCAGUCACUAUUCUGGUCUGUAUUUGGUCUUUUAAAUCUCUAUGUCACCAAUGUGAAAGCCAGACAUGAGUUUACAGAGUUUGUGGGAGCUACCAUGUUUGGGACAUACAAUGUCAUCUCCCUGGUAGUACUGCUUAACAUGCUGAUCGCCAUGAUGAACAACUCCUACCAGCUUAUUGCCGAUCAUGCAGAUAUUGAGUGGAAGUUUGCAAGGACCAAGCUCUGGAUGAGUUACUUUGAUGAAGGUGGCACCUUGCCACCUCCCUUCAACAUUAUCCCCAGUCCCAAGUCAUUUGUAUACCUCGGUAACUGGUUUAACAACACCUUCUGCCCCAAAAGAGACCCUGAUGGAAGACGGAGAAGACACAACCUGAGAAGUUUCACAGAACGCCAUGCUGACAGCUUGAUACAGAAUCAACAUUACCAGGAAGUUAUCAGGAAUUUAGUCAAAAGAUAUGUGGCUGCUAUGAUAAGAAACUCCAAAACAAACGAGGGACUAACAGAAGAAAAUUUUAAGGAAUUGAAACAGGACAUUUCCAGCUUUCGUUAUGAAGUACUCGAUCUUCUCGGAAAUAGAAAACACCCAAGGAGAAGUUUUUCCGCCAGCAGCACGGAACUGUCCCAGAGGGAUGACAACGAUGACAGCAGUGGCGGGGCUCGGGCCAAAUCCAAGAGCGUCUCUUUCAGUCUGGGCUGCAAGAAAAAAGCCAACCAGGGGCCACCUCUCAUCAGAACCAUGCCACGAACCAGCGGCCCGCCAGGGAAGUCCAAAGCCGAGUCAUCCAGCAAGCGCUCCUUCAUGGGGCCUUCCCUUAAGAAAUUGGGGUUCUUCUUCAACCGCUUUAAUAACGGUCAGACGUCCGAGCCCAGUUCGGAGCCCAUGUACACCAUUUCGGAUGGCAUCAUCCAGCCACACUACAUGUGGCAGGACCUCAGAUAUCCUCAGGGGGCCAAAGGCAAAGAAGAGCCGUGUUCGCAGAGCGAGCUCAAUCUCAGUGCUGCAGAAUUGGGCGAAGCUCGGGGUCCGGCGCAUAGCAGAGAGAGCCCCCUCGCCUGUGCCAGCUCGCUUCAGUGCAUCUCCAGCAUCUGCUCCUCAAAUUCGAAACUUUUAGACUCCUCGGAGGAUGUCUUUGAAACUUGGGGAGAGGCCUGUGACCUGCUCAUGCACAAAUGGGGCGACGGACAAGAAGAACAAGUCACAACUCGCCUCUAAGUUGCAGCCCUCUCAAUCCCCGGUUCUGGAACUCGGCAGAAUCUUUGUAAUGUCCUUUCUCUCAGAGGUGACACAGAAUAUGACCCCCCUCACUGCACCCGCUUUCUCCUCUCACCCCUUCCCCAGGGAGAAUAGCACUCCUCUGAUCGUCCCGGUCUUUUAUAGCCACAUGCUCCAUUUUUUUAUUCUUGCUUUUUGUUAUGAUUUGCCUUUUUAUACCUCUAAACACUCAGUCCAUUUCACAACCAACUGAAGGGGACCCCCUUCUCAGCAGAGGUACAGUCGGGUGCUUAGUCCUUUGGCUUUGCUUUUCUUACCCUUGCUUCCUUGAAGCUCCAGGUGCCACUUUGCUACUGUUGCUGCCGCACAGAUUCCUGACCUUCCUCAGGAUCUCACACCAUUUCCCCACAGGGAUGAGGGGUGCGUCCAGCUGUUCCCACCAACUAUCAAAGGAGGCACACUAAGCUGCCUGUCUUUGCCCUUCAGUGCUACACGCUGCCCAUCUGGUUCAAUGAACAGCAUCAAAGACUGCACAGACUCCAAAGAAUUGUCAGCUUGUGGUUUCUAGGCAUAUCUGGCCUUUUUUGGUUUUUGUUUUUCACAGUACAAUUUCUCCUUAUUGUGAGGGCUGUUGGGUUCUUACAGAUGUGUUAGUUUCCUAAUGUAUUCCGGUGAAUAUUUACCCCAUAGUAUAUGUCAUAACUAAUAAGUUAGUGACUUACUUUCCUGUAUUUGUGUAUUUCAGUUAACUUGCAAAAUUUUAAACUUUGAUAGUAUUGAGAUUAGUAUUUAGAAUGUGUACCAUUUUUUUAAAAGAAAACAACUAUUGCACUCUAGCAAACAGUCACUACAUCUCAUACAUUUGCAAGUAAAAGUAAUUAGCUGGCAUAUUUAUUGGGUCCUAUCUAACUGUUGAGUUAUAAUUAUCAUGACUAUCAAAGCAUUUUGAAAAUUAAACCUGGGUUUGAAAAUA